UUUAUGUAUUAAUAGAAGAGGAGGUCUCUGCAUCUCUGCUGGCUGCUGGACCUGCUGUUACUGAACUCUGACUACGUGCCAGAUCUCACCUCAGGCUCUUUGCAGCCUCAACGUGACCAUCCUUUCCCUUGACCACAGCAUGGGCAGACCCCUCUGGCACCACCUGUCUGUGGGCCUCACCUCAAGGAAGGAUGCCAAUGCUGCGCUGCUCAGUAACUAUGAGGUGUUCCAGUUACUAACUGAUUUGAAAGAGCAGCGUAAAGAAAGUGGAAAGAAUAAACACAGUUCUGGGCAACAGAACUUGAAUACUAUCACAUAUGAAACAUUAAAAUACAUAUCAAAAACACCAUGCAGGCACCAGAGUCCUGAGAUUGUGAGAGAAUUUCUGACAGCAAUGAAAAGCCACAAGUUGACCAAAGCUGAAAAGCUUCAGCUGCUGAAUCACAGGCCUGUGACUGCUGUUGAGAUCCAGCUGAUGGUGGAGGAGAGUGAGGAACGGCUGACAGAGGAGCAGAUCGAGGCUCUGCUGCACACCGUCACAAGCAUCCUCCCCACGGGGCCAGAGGCUGAGCAGCAGCAGAGUGCCAGCGACGACGUGGCGAUGGACGAGGAGGACCCCGCGUAGAAGAGCACAGCUGGCCCGAGUGUCUCCUCAAGUUGAAGGCCCAGCAGCCGUUUCCCACACAGUCAGAGGAUUGUUUAUUUGAUUUUACCUUCUAUCCCAACAGGCCUGAUUUCCCGGCUAGUUGGGUAAACCACAAAAAUAAUCUUAAAAGAAAUCCUUGUGCCUCUGUGAGAACAAACAUGGUGGACUGGCUGAGCUUGUCAGGGCAGAGAGCUGAAGAGAGGAGGAGAGAGUCAAAAAGGACAGUGACUGGGGAGCUCUUAGUGGUGAAAAUAUUUCUUCUGUGGCCUUUGCCAUGGUUGUGGGAAGGUCUCUGUACACAGCUGGUAAAAUGCUUGCCUUGGCUUUGAUGGGCUGUAUCCUAAUUAAUUUCAUCUGCUUCCCUUGGAGCUUCCCAAGCAGGGAUGCAGAGCACUGCUGGAAUGAGAGCCGACUUAGGAGAAUCCUGUUAGAUGGCUGAAAACUCGUGAAGCAGCAAAUAGUUGCUCUAAGUUAAAAUGAGCCACUGAGCUUGGCUCACCGUAGAGGAAUCUUUUCCUUAAGAACAAUAGACAUAAGAAAAGAUUGGCCUAGGAACUUGGCGGUCCAGUGGCUUAAGACUCCACAUUCCCAAUGUAUGGGACCCAGGUUCCAUCCCUGGUCAGGGAACUAGAUCCCACAUGCUGCAACUCAGAAGGAAACAAAAAAGAUUCCUGCAUGCUACAAUGAAGAUCAAAUAUUACCGUGUCCAAAUAAAUAUUUUAAAAAUAACUAAAUAAAAGAACGGGCUGGACCACUCUUCAUCAGGUCUGGAGGCCCCUUUCCUCUGCUGGCAUGGGCUUUGUUCAGCGGUUUCACUAGUUAGUCUUCAAUGGUAGGACACCAGCUCACUGCGGUUGAAAAGAGGCACUCCAGUGUUCUUGCCUGGAGAAUCCCAGGGACGGAGGAGCUUGGUGGGCUGCUGUCUGUGGGGUCGCACAGAGUCGGACACGACUGAAGCGACUUAGCAGCAGCUGACUGAAUGACCGCGUGUCACCUGCCUUUCUGAACACCUUCAGUUAUCUGCCUUGCAACAGGCACAGCCUGUUGCAGCCAGGUGAGCCUUAUUUGCACAGGGGGCAAUGGUUUGCAUCUUUGAGAAAGGGCAGUUCUCUGGCAGUCCAGUGGUUAAGCUUCAGUGCUUUCAUUGCAGGGGGUGUCGGUUUCGUCCGUAGUAAGGACUAAGAUCCCACGUGCUGCAAGCUGGGGCACCACCCCCUCCCCCAAACAAAAGAAACCCUAAAUAAAGACAGUGCAAUUACAUAGCUCUUUUUGUGGAUGGAGUGUGAAGAACUAGAGGCUGAUUAAUAAGAGUUUGAAUUUGUUAACUGUUGCGUUAGUUUUUUUAAUUGAAAAUAUUAGAAUAAUUACCAUGCAAGGAACUUGUUAAUAUUUAGGCUUUGGAGAAUUUAGUAGCCCCAGACACAUGGUUGCCUUAGAUCCUAGGAGUAUUGUUAAAAAUUAAUACCCUGUAUUCAGUCUGCUCUCUAUUUGGAGAAGAAAAUGCCCAUAGACAUUUUUCAAAUUGGUGCUCAUUUUGUUGUAAGAUCACAUAUUUUCAAUGCUUCUGUUAAUUGGAUUACUUCCCACCGCUUACAAGUCCCAGGUUAUUUCAGCCUCCCCCCCCCCAGUAGGCAGUUAUAUUUACCUUAACCUUAUCAUCUAAGGAUCAGUUGAGAUCUGCUUACAGGCAACAUUGAAAUUAACAGGACAUUUAUUUUUAAAUCUCUCUUGAGUAUCAGGAAUUUUACCAGGAGCUGUUGAUUUGUCACGGCAUACAGGUGCUUAUGUCCUUGUUUCAUUUUGACCUUGAGUGCAUUUGAUACUUUUUCUUCAUGGAUUUAGGGUUUAAUUAGUUAAUAAAUGGUUUCCAGAUGACUACCAACUUACACUAUUUUAAAAAAUCUUAGAAGAGUUUAUUUUACCAUGGGUAGUAAAAAAUAAAAUGAAAUGACUUAAAAACUA